GUCAAGGAGACUAGCACUAGUGAUGUCACAACAUGGCGGACGAAUCGUCACAAAAUGAAAGCAAACUUUUCACAAUUUGUCCAAUUUCCCCCUCAAAAUAACUCAAAAACAAAAGCGUUUCUGUGUCAUUAAGGGUUAUUGUUGUGUAGUGCUUUCCUAAUGUUGUAGAUAUAAGGGAUAGGAGUCGUUUUUAGCGGUGUUCUUGUUGAAACAUGUCGUCUCAUUACGUUCAGCUGUGUGCAAAUCCUCUAAAGUUUGAUCCUGUCAGUAAAGAAAACAGUGUGUUCUUUGACGAAGCUAACAAACAGGUUUUCGCUGUAAAUCGAGUGGAAAACAUUACCCAUGUCGUAGUCAAAGGACCAGACUUAGAGACAAAGAUCUUUUUUGAUGUUCCAGAUUCAGGUCAUGUACACUCUAUUAAAUUCUCAUAUGAUCAAAAGAUUCUGGCAAUUCAGAGGUCACCAAARACAGUGGAUUUUAUUAAUUUUGCUGAUGGGAUUGAUAGUCAACAGUACCACCAAGCAUGCAAGGGCAAGUCAGCUCAUGUUAUUGGAUUUAAUUGGACAAACUUGAAUGAAAUAGUAUUUAUAACAAACCAAGGAUUAGAGUUUUAUCAGGUCAUGCCAGAAAAACACAGCUUGAAAAUGAUCAAAAAUUAUAAUGUACAAGUAAACUGGUUUGUGUUUCUGCCUGAAAGUGCCAUGCUUUUGCUGUCCUCCUCAGGRUAUGGGAACAUUAUACACCCAUAUCAUUUUAGGAUAUGGUCAGUUGUAUGUAGUAAUACUGAGAAAUCAGUCAAGGGGUGUUGGAGGAGCCACAGGUGCUGAGAUAGUCCUCUAUCAGCUGCAACGGGAUUCACCUGCUAAAAAAUCUGCUGUACUUCAGCUUAACUUGAAUGGUAGAUUUGCUGUCAAUGUUGUGGAUAAUCUCGUUAUUGUUCAUCAUCAAGCACCUCAAUGUUGUUUGACGUCAAGCUUGGUGGUGAAUUCAACGGCCAAGUUACAUUUUACCAACCUGUUCUUGCACCUCUUCCUAUUGAACAGGCUGUCAUUAGAAACGCUUCUUCAAACAAUGUUCAAAUGCAAGAUUCUACCAUAGCCAAUGUACUAUGUGAAAUGUAUUCACAAAACUGGAUAGUUUUCCAGCCAAACAUAAUAAUAGAUGCACGACUAGGUUGUUUAUGGGAAGUUUUGCUUAAACUUGAACCACUGGUUACUAUGAUUCAAGACAAGGGGUUGUUGAUUGACUUUCUGCUUCUCAGACGAGACAGUAACAUGGUCAUUYUAGCUGUAUUCAAACAAGCCCUGAUUCCUGGCCGACAGUCUAAUCUAACUGUGAUAGCUCGUAUGUUUGAUAAAGUCAACAAAGUCUACCGUGCUGUCUUGGACAACGAAAAUGUUGCCUCCCAGGUAACAGAAGGAGGCAGACAGACUCCUACUAAAACACAGGUUACAAGUACCCAAACAGUCGUUAACCAACACGAUAUGUACACCCAUGUGCUAUCGAUGUUUGUCGAUAAUAAGGAUAUCAAGUACAAGUUCAUGGUKGCUGUUCUUGUAGAGUACAUACGAUCUCUCAACCAGUUUGAAAUAYACCCUGAGCAYUAUCUGUAUGAACUAGUCAUCAACCUACUAGUAGCAAACAAGUGUUACUAUCAACUCCAUCAGUUUCUACAGUACCACGUGAUCAGUGACUCCAAACCCUUGGCAUGUUUGAUGUUGUCACUAGAGAGUACCUACCCACCAGCAUACCAGCUGGCACUCGAUAUGCUCAAGUGUUCAAGUUUUUCGAGCAACGCAAUAUUCGUUUACGUGGAAACCCUGAGUUUGCUCCAGGMGAAAAGUGCGAGAUGUAUGUGAAGAAAUUCCAGGAAAUGUUUGGUAGCACAGCGUAAGAGUAGCGCUCCUAAGYUAUUCCUGCMWCARAUAUGUCAUAUUGAUGAAACACUUCAGAUCAUUGAUGCCUUGAAAUCCGUAUUAUAGUCAUGUGRUCUAUCUAGCUCACACAGAAACCGCUCAAAUCCAUCCAAUACUCCAUUUUAAAAUUAUCUGUGUGCAGGUUUAGACUCGAUUUGUGUAUCGAAUAUUCAUGUGUUCCAGUGAAAAUCMUUGAGUUUCAGUGUUACACUGAAAUGAGGCUAGCCCUGAGUAAAUGGUCUUUUGAAAAAUGACUURAAACCAAAUUGAUAUUAAAAUUGAGUGAACUGUAUAGCACUGCAGAAAAAAAUAUCAUUAUUAUAACUUUGAAUUAAUGCACUAAUAAACUGUUUGAAUCUCCAAUGAGGAUUCGAAUCGUUUAAACCUUUGAAAAACAA